CUGGACACAUCAUUCAGUAUAAUUCGAUCAAAAGAUGCGGGCGUCGAUUAGUUCAGAUGUUUGAUGGAGAAGAAACCGACGCGGGCGAGAAAGAGCUUGUCCGUGCCUCCCUCGUGCACGCUCUUUCAAGCUCCAACCAGUACCCGCUCUCCCCGGUGGCACCCCAAAAUGCUCCGCCAGGCCAGUCCCCCGAUGCGGCGGGCGUCAGCCCCUGACUCUAACCCGCGCAUACCGGUGCAACAACAUCCUCUUAACGUGACGACCUCAGAUCCACAAAAGUUUUCUCGGCGCUUCAUGGAAACGGGCUCGCUGUUCCGCCAGCGUCAGAAUGUCCGGUUAGAGGACGGGCGAGAUGCUACCUCUCCAGCGCGCGGCGAAAAAGCGAGCUCUCUGCGCACGUUCCAGGACCGUGGACAGCGUUACCACAACCACGGACAGGACGGCGCCGAUCAUGAGAACAACUGCUCGGAUUACGUGGAGCAACAACAGAACUGCGAUUUAGUACAUACGUCGGAGGGGGCGAUGCAUCGGCGCCACACCACCCUGCGGGAGAAGGGCCGGCGGCAGGCCAUCCGCGGGCCGGCCUACAUGUUCAACGAGCGCGGCACCAGCCUGACGUCGGAGGAGGAGCGCUUCUUGGAGGCAGCCGAGUACGGCAACAUCCCCGUGGUGCGCAAGAUGCUCGAGGAGUCCAAGACGCUCAACUUCAACUGCGUGGACUACAUGGGCCAGAAUGCCCUGCAGUUGGCCGUGGGCAAUGAGCACCUGGAGGUGACCGAGCUGCUGCUGAAGAAGGAAGGGCUGGCGCGCAUCGGCGACGCUCUGCUGCUGGCCAUCAGCAAGGGCUACGUGCGCAUCGUGGAGGCCAUCUUGGCCCACCCGGUGUUCGCCGGCGGCCUGCGGCUCACGCUGAGCCCGCUCGAGCAGGAGCUGCGCGACGACGACUUCUACGCGUACGACGAGGACGGCACGCGCUUCUCGCACGACAUCACGCCGGUCAUCCUGGCGGCGCACUGCCAGGAGUACGAGAUCGUGCACACGCUGCUGCUGAAGGGCGCGCGCAUCGAGCGGCCGCACGACUACUUCUGCAAGUGCGGCGAGUGCGCGGACAAGCAGCGGCGCGACGCCUUCAGCCACUCGCGCUCGCGCAUGAACGCCUACAAGGGGCUGGCCAGCGCAGCGUACCUGGCACUGUCCAGCGAGGAUCCCGUGCUCACCGCCCUGGAGCUCAGCAACGAGCUCGCCCGGCUCGCCAACAUCGAGACCGAGUUCAAGAAUGAGUACCGUAAGUUGUCCAUGCAGUGCAAGGACUUUGUGGUGGGGGUGCUGGACCUGUGCCGGGACACGGAGGAGGUGGAAGCCAUCUUGAAUGGAGACGUGGACCAGGUGCCUCCCAGCGACCACCAGAGGCCCUGCCUGACCCGAGUCAAACUGGCCAUCAAGUACGAGGUCAAGAAGUUUGUGGCCCACCCUAACUGCCAGCAGCAGUUGCUGACCAUCUGGUAUGAGAACCUGUCGGGUCUGCGGCAGCAGUCCGUCGGAGUCAAGUGCUGGACUGUGCUGGGGGUCACCGUGGGCCUGCCAUUCCUCGCCAUCGCGUACUGGAUCAUGCCCUGCAGCAAGUUGGGUCAGAUCCUCCGCAGUCCCUUCAUGAAGUUUGUUGCGCACGCCGUCUCCUUCACCAUCUUCUUGUUCCUGCUGGUUCUGAACGCGUCAGACCGCUUCGAGGGGGUCAAGAACCUGCCCAACGAGACCAUCACGGACCACCCGCGGCAAGUGUUCCGUGUCAAGACCACCCAGUUCUCCUGGACAGAGUUACUCAUCAUGAAGUGGGUGCUGGGAAUGAUCUGGUCUGAGGUUAAGGAGAUCUGGACCGACGGGCCCAGGGAGUACGUCAUGCACCUGUGGAACGUCCUGGACUUCGGCAUGCUAUCCAUCUUUGUGGCGUCGUUCACCGCACGCUUCAUGGCUUUCCUGAAGGCGUCCAAAGCCCAGCUGUAUGUGGACCUGCACGUGCCCAACGCAGACCUCUGCAACGCCUCCCUUCCUGCUGAAGUCGCCUACUUCACCUACGCCAGAAAUAAGUGGCGGCCGUCAGAUCCUCAGAUCAUCUCUGAGGGCCUCUACGCCAUCGCUGUGGUGCUGAGUUUCUCGCGCAUCGCCUACAUCCUCCCGGCCAAUGAGAGCUUCGGGCCCCUGCAGAUCUCGCUGGGCCGCACGGUCAAGGACAUCUUCAAGUUCAUGGUCAUCUUCAUCAUGGUGUUUGUGGCCUUCAUGAUAGGCAUGUUCAACCUCUACUCCUACUACCUGGGGGCCAAGUACAACCCCGCCUUCACCACGGUGGAGGAGAGCUUUAAGACCCUCUUCUGGUCCAUUUUCGGUCUGUCUGAGGUCAUCUCUGUGGUGCUGAAAUAUGACCAUAAGUUUAUUGAAAACAUUGGCUAUGUGCUGUACGGGGUGUACAACGUCACCAUGGUGGUGGUGCUUCUCAACAUGCUCAUCGCCAUGAUCAACAACUCCUACCAGGAGAUCGAGGAGGAUGCUGACGUGGAGUGGAAGUUUGCCCGGGCCAAGCUGUGGCUCUCCUACUUUGACGAGGGCCGCACCCUCCCUGCCCCCUUUAACAUGGUGCCCAGCCCCAAAUCCUUCUACUACCUGGCGCUCCGCACCAAAGCCUGCCUGGUGCGCCUCUGCAAGGCCAAAGGUCAUCGCCAUGACGGCGAGCUAGAGAUGGGCAUGCUCAACUCACGCACAAAGCCGGAGCGCUACCGAGCAUACCCUCGAACACGGGAGGAGUACACCGUGAAGAAGCCCAUCAAGAACCCAACCCGCUAUCAGAAAAUCAUGAAGCGCCUCAUUAAACGCUAUGUUCUGAAAGCUCAGGUAGACAGGGAGAAUGAUGAAGUCAAUGAAGGCGAGCUGAAGGAGAUCAAGCAGGACAUCUCCAGCCUGCGCUACGAGCUCCUGGAGGAGAAAUCUCAGGCCACAGGCGAACUGGCCGACCUGAUCCAACAACUCAGUGACAAGUUUGGCAAGAACACUAAGAAGCCCUGAGAAGGAGAGGUGGAGGAAGACAGGGAGAGAGAGAGAGAGAGAGAGAGAGAGAGAGAGAGAGAGAGAGAGAGGCAGAGAGAGGGAGAGGGAAAGAGAAAGCAAGAAUGGGUAAACACAGAUAAAGAGACACAAGGAAAGACGGAAACAGAGGAGGGGAGGGGAGGUGGGGUGGGGUGGGGUGGGGGGGCAAGAGGCCAGGAGGGAAGGAAAGACACAGGAGGCUGGUACAAAGGCACAGAGACGAUCUCCCUUUUAGAUUAGUGGGACAUGAGAAAAACGGAGGACUGCGUUUGGUAACAAGACAGUGGGAGGAGAAAAAAGAAAUGUUUUGCACCUAAAAAUCCCUCUUCCUCUCCAGCAACACAAUCACAGAAAACAAAAAGAGACGUUGACCUUUCUGUUUAGGAAAAAAAAAACCUUGUAGACUUGUAGACUUUGUUUAGUAAGGACCCUCAUUCGCUUUGUGGGAUGUGUUUGUGUGUAUGUGUUUGUUUGUGUGUGUGUGUGUGUGUGUGUGUGUGUUCUUGUCAUUGUUGCCAUGUUGGUGCUAAUGUCGUGGACAUGCCAAGCACAGGCCCCAAUGCCCUGACCUGGUGGUCAAGGGUCAAGAUUUGUAUUUUUGGAGUUGAAGGGACAUGAGCUCUUCAGUGAAAAAAGCAGAUUGAGAGAUAGAGAGAGAGAGAGAGAGAGAAAGAGAGAGAGAAAGAUGGAAUGGGAUGGAUAGGGAUGGAGCUGAAAAAGGAGAGAUGACAACGGAUGACUUAAGCGCUUCAAAUAGGGGGUGAACCCACCUUGCCCCCACUCUCCCUCCCAUCCUUGAAGAAUCCAAUUCUAUCCCGUCUCUCAGCGAGGAGGAACAAAGACGACAGAGAAAGACGUUUUUAUUUCUUUUAAAAAAAAAAAAGCAGAAGAAAAGUACACGAAGGACAAAAACACUGUGACAUUGCUUUGUGUGGGAUCCGCUGUAAAAUCCCUUCUUUUGAUUUACGUCUUGACAGCUGUCAAAUGGUCAUCCUGCUGUUUGUAAUGGGGGAAAUAAUGUGGAGUUUUUUUGCUGUAUUUGGGGGGAAGACUUGACACAGGCAGUCUAAUUAACACUGUUCACAGCACAGCACUGCAAAGGCUCUUUUGAACUCUGCACAGACCUCAACGUAAGGAAGAGUGUGUGCGUAUGUGUGUGCAAGAGAGAGAGAGAGGGGUAUGUGAAUGUCUGACUUGUUUGACUCCUUAUCCACCGCCUUACAGUUCAAAAAAAUGGUUAGAAUUGUCUGAAAGAUUUAC